AUGAAAGAGGAGGAGGAGGACGUGUGUAGGAUUUGCCGUGCGCCGGCAGCGGACGGGGAUCCGCUGUACCACCCGUGUGCUUGUAGCGGGAGCAUCAAGUUCGUGCAUCAGGGCUGCUUGCUGCAAUGGCUGCACCACAGCAACAAAACGCACUGCGAGGUAUGCAAGCGCGCGUUCAUCUUCUCCCCCAUCUACGCGCCCAACGCGCCGUCCCGGCUCCCCCCAAACGAGUUUCUCGCGGGCGCGGCGCUGAUGGCGGGGCGCGCCGUCUCGUUCGUCCUGCGCGCCGCGCUCAUCGCGUUCGUGUGGCUUCUCCUCGUGCCGUUCCUCACGAGCUCCAUCUGGCACCUCUGCUUCCUCCGCGAUUGGACGCGCAUCGGCGCGCUGUUCCGCGAGAGGCUCACCGGGGGGGCGAUUUUCCAGGACUGUGUUCUGGGCAGCGUGCUGUCCGCGGCGGUGAUUUUGUUUUUUCUGAGGGACGCUGCUCGAAUAAGACAAAACGGGGAAGAGGAAAGGGGGGGCAUAGCCCCGCCACCUCCCCCCCCUCCGCGAGCAAUUCCCCCUCCGCCUCCCCGUGUUGUUCCCCCCUUGGGAACUCCUCUCCCUCCGGGCUCCUCUGACCGACCUUUUUCGUUCAGCGACCGUGCAGGAGGCUCUGCGACAGGCCCUGCGACUGGCCCUGCGACGGACGGCCAGCCGUUUGUGUUUGGUGCGAAUCCGUCCGCCCAGGAGACGCGUCGCCCGGCGAGAUUUUUCUUCCGACCGGCUGGAGAGGCGGGGCAAAUGGGAACCGGACAGGUGGACGCGCGGGGCAGGAAUAGCGGGAGGGACGAGCGGGGGGAGGAGCCGGAAAGAGAAGAGUUAGGGGGGGAAGGCGCGGAGGGGCAAGGAGCAGUGAUAGCGGCAGGAGUAGGAGCAGAGGAAGGAGAGGCGGGAGGAGCGGAGGGAGGAGGGAUAGGGAGGGAAGGGGAAGAGGGGGAAGGAGCAGCGGAAGGUGGCUUUGCUGCAGCAGCAGGUUCCGCUGCUACUGUGGCUGGCGCUGGGGGAAAGAGUGCGGGGAAUGAAGGCGGUACGGAGGGCGGAGGCCGCGGGGAAGAGAGAGAUAGUGAGAUCGGGGGAGAAGUGGGGGGAAGUGGCGGGGAAGUGGGUGGGGGAGAGGGGGGGGGAGCAGCUCGAAGAGAGGGUGGACAGGUGGGGAGGUUGAGACUCGGAGAGGGGACGGAAGGAAUAGAAAGAAGAGAGGGAAGAGUAUGUACAGAGGAAGCAAAGGGGAGAGGCAGUGACGGCCGUGGGAAGGGGAAAGGGGUGGAGAGGGAAGAGGAUAUGGCAGCAGGUGGGUUGGGGGAGGAAGGGGAGCAUGGGGAGGGAAGGAGGGGGCAAGAGAGGCUGUGGGGGGAUGAGACGGGCGGAGAUGGCGCGAAUUCAUCCGCCCAGACGUGGGGGAACGGGGGAAGCGGAGAUGGUGGGGGGUUAUCUGUGCAAAGGGGGAGUGCGUGGGGGAAUGAGAGACACGAAGAUGAGGAGUUUAGAGAUGGGAGCAGUGCAGCGAGUGAGGAGGAGGGGAGUGGGGAGGAGGGGGGUGAGGAAGAGGAAGAGAGUGGGAGUUUUCAGGAUGAUGAUGAUGAUGAUUACGAGUAUGAGGAAGAGGAGGAGGAAGAGGAGGAAGAAGAGGAGGAAGAGGAGGAAGAAGAGGAGGAAGAAGAGGAGGAGGAUUUUGAGGAGGCGGAGGGGGGCAUGGGGGAGGGCGAGGUGGACGAGGAUGGAGAGCCCAUGGACGAGGAUGGAGAGCCCAUGGACGAGGAUGGAGAGCCCAUGGACGAUUUAGGGUUUGAGGAGCUCAUCGGCCUGCAGGGGCCGUUAUGGCGCCUCUUUGAAAACGCCACCACGGUGCUCUGCAGCAAUUUCUUUGUGCUCGUACUGGCAUUCUUCCUCCCAUUCAACCUCGGUCGAUUAUACAUAGCCCUCUUCUCCUUCCUCUUCCUCUCCCCCGCCUCCACCAUCUCUCUUGUCCCCAUCUACUCCCUCCUCCUCGGCCCCCCUACACUCCCCCUCCCCACCCCUCCACCGCUCUCCACUCCGUCCUGCAUCCCCCCAAUCUACCCAACCUAUCUCAACUCCUCGGAACCGUUUGCGCACUGGGGCUUCUGCCCUGUUUCCUCUCGGCCUGCAAUUUUGGACGAGCUACGUGUGUGUGGGUAUGAGAACGGGGGUUGGUCUCGGGGUGUGUUCAGUGGGGAGGGUGGCUAUAAGGGGUCAUUCUUACAGCUGCAGGGCAGGAGGGGGAAGAGGCAGAGUAAGAGGAGAGGCGCGAGGAGAGGGGAGUGGAGAGGAGAGGUGAGAAGAGAAGGGAGAGAGGAUGAGCGUGCGGGAACAGCAGAGGUGGAGGGUGCGCGUGGGAGUGGGGCUGUGGGGAAGCAUGGUACGCUCGUGCUAGCAGCAGCGCUCUACUCGCAGUGGUGCUGCACCCUGCUGGGCCUGCGCUGGGCGGAAGCGGGCCACGGGCUCGCAGCAGGCAACCUGGUGUCGCUGCUGGUGGGGUAUGAGGUCGUGGCGUUCUGCUGUGCCGUUCACGUGCUCGUGGCCAUUCAGUUGAGACGAGCCCGAGGGCUGCCGCUCGUGGGGGCCUUACCCGCGACAUUGCUCGCGCUGCUGCAGGUGGCGCCGGCGAUUCAGGAGCAUCUCGUAGCCGCUGUCAGGCAUGGGCUUGUGGUCCUCAAGGUCACCAGUCUCCUGUCAGUCGAGCUGGGCGCCUUCCCGUUCCUCUGUGGCUGGUGGAUUGACUUCUGCUCGCUCUCCCUCUUCGGUGCCUCUCCCUCUGACCGCCUCGCACUGCUGCUGGCGCACCCGCUGCUGUGCUGCUUCCUGCACUGGUUCGUGGGGAUCCUGUACAUGCUGCAAGUCAGCCUGCUCGUCACCAUCUUGAGAGAGAUCCUGCGGCCAGGCGUCCUCUCCUUCCUGCGCGACCCCACCGAUCCAAACUUCAAUCCAUUCCGGGACCUCGUGGAGGACCCCAUUCCCAAGCACGCGCGCCGCAUCGUGCUCUCCCUGUUCGCCUACGGCGCGCUGGUCGUGCUGCUGCUGUUUUUGCCCGUGCGAGCCGCCAUCGCCAUCGCUCCCACCAUGUUCCCCUUCAAUUACCGGUUCUCUGAUCCUCUGAUGGAAAUUCCACUGGAUAUGCUUCUGUUUCACGUGUGCAUCCCCUUUGCAAUCGACCGCCUGCGCCCGCGGGCCACCAUCAAGGCCGCACUCUCUCUCUGGUUCCGCGCUGCUGCCCGCCUCCUCAUGCUGCAGCAUGCCGCCCCCCCUGCCGCUGCUGCUACUGCUCCUCCCCCCCCUCCUCUUGCCUUCCAAAACCCUCAGAAGUCGGUUUUACAUGCCACUGCUCCUGUUGACAGCCGGUUUGUUGAGAGAAUAGUGGCUGCGGAAAAGGCAGCAUCGGCAGCGCUAGCAAGAGCAGCAGCAGCACCGUCACCAGGCACAGUUGCUGUUAGAGCAGUUGCAGCAGUCGGUGCAGCUGAGGCGGCUGGAGUAGCAACUGAUGGUGUUUUUCUGAAAGGAGGAGCAGGAGCAGUGGGAGCAGUGGGAGCGGUGGGAGUAGGAGGAGGAGCAGCGAAAAGAAGAGGGGCUGGUUUGCAUAGAAGGGUUGGAGAGGUGGAGGAAGAGGGAGGGAAGGAGGAAGAGGAGGAGGAGGAGGAGGAGGAGGAGGAGGAGGAGGAGGAGGAGGAGGAGGAGGAGGAGGAGGAGGAGGAGGAGGAGGAGGAGGAGGAGGAGGAGGAGGAGGAGGAGGAGGAGGAGGAGGAGGAGGAGGAGGAAGAGGAGGAAGAGGAGGAAGAGGAGGAGGAGGUAUUGGAGAGAGGGGAGGUGGAGAGAUUAAGAGGGAAGGGGAAGGCAGUGGAGGAGGAGGGGAGGAAGGAGACAGGAAGAGAAGAGGGGAGGGAGAGAGAACAGUGGAAGGACAGGGAUGUUACAGCUUCCAUUGCCGAUUGCGGACAGAAAGACAGAGGGAACAGCAGCAGAAAUAGCAGUGAUGCUGGGAGUGGCAGCAUUAGGGAGGCUGGCAGUGGUAGUGGCAGCAGCAGAAGCAUCACAGAUGGUAGCGCUGGCAGCAGCAGUGGGAUGGUCAGCGAGAGCGCGGGCGGCAGCGGCAGCGGCAGCGGGGGGAGUGGGGGCAAGAAGGAGGACGAGCAUUUCCGGGUGCGGAUAGUGGCGCUGCUGGUGGCGGCGUGGGCGUCUCUAGCAGCAUUCAACACGGCGGUGGUGCUGCUGCCCACCGCUGUGGGGCGAGGGGCGUUCCGCCUCUCCGCCUCGCUGCUGCCCAGUGCUGCUGCUGAUGACACUCCUUGCAAUGACCUCUAUUCCUUCGGCAUCGGAGCCUACCUCAUCUGGGGGUCCAUAGCAGCCAUGCAAGCAGCUGUCUUGCGGUUACCGCGUAACAACAUGCGGGCGCUGCUGCUGCCUCUCGUGCACUGGGCUGCUGUGGCAUUGAAAGCAGCGGUGCUGCUGCUGCUGUGGCUGGUAGUAGCACCCAUUCUAGCAGGUCUGCUGGUCGACCUAGCUGUCAUCAUGCCCAUCCGAGUGCCCAUCAACGAGUCCCCGCUGCUCUCGCUCUACCAUGACUGGGCUCUCGGCCUCAUACUGCUCAAGCUCUGGGCCAGAGUGGUCACCGCACAGAACCACUUGCUAGCCAACCACGAGUGGCGGGCCCGCUUCCUCCGCCUGCAACAAGACGGGCUCCGCCGCCUCAACGCGCGCCGCACCUUCCAGGAAAUUAUCGCUCCAGUCCUCCUCUUCCUCCUCACAGCCCUCACAGCCCCCUUCCUAGCUGUCCGCGCAGCACUCCCCUUGCUCCGCCUCCCCCCCGUGCUCGAAUCAGCGGCGUUCCGGUUCGCGUGGAUUACUGCGUUGGGGGUGGUGGGGACGGCGAGGGUGUGGCGGCGGGUGUGUGAGUGGCUUGCUUCUUUGCACGAUGCGAUUCGGGACGAUAGGUACCUGGUCGGCCGGCGCUUGCAUAACUUUCAGCACCAGCGAAGAUGA